UUUUUUUUUUUUUUUGCCAAGCAUGAAAUUUACCUCAGCUUGAUUGCUUUACACACAUUGUUGUGACGUUGCACCAUUGGGAGACAGGAAGAAAAAGAGGGAGCUUUGACUGUGUGGUAUGUAUCUAAAAGAGUGUAUUAAAGAGGGAGAAGAGAAUGAACACAUAAGCAAGCUGGUUUGACCAGAAACAGAACUGCCUGUGACAGAUUAAGAGACAAGCAAGGCUUGGAAUCUGAGAGCAAGCAAAGAGAGUGGAAAUUUACAGCUGCCUGUGUGAGUGUUCAAGUGAUCAUUUUCUGCUAACGUUUUCCGGUGGUAACUGUUACUCUUCAAAGAGAGAGACAGAAAGUCAAGACGGGAUUGUGGAAACUCUUUUCUCCGCCAUGCCUUGGUAAUAGGAAGCACCCUCUAUUGAAUGGAAGAUAAAGGCUACUUCAUCUAACGUGCUUUGAGCCCAGGAGAGAGCUGUCUUCAGCACCUCACCAUGUGUCUACUUUUUGUUGCUUAGACAAGCCUGGGCAUUUCUAUAACAUUUGCAUUCCAUAUUGGAAGAAGAUAUUUCUAUAGAUGAAAAAAUGCCUUUGUUUAGUAAAUCACAGAAAAAUCCAGCAGAAAUCGUGAAAAUUCUGAAAGACAACUUAGCCAUUUUGGAAAAGCAAGACAAAAAGACAGACAAGGCUUCAGAAGAAGUGUCGAAAUCACUGCAAGCAAUGAAAGAAAUUCUGUGUGGUACAAAUGACAAGGAACCCCCAACAGAGGCUAUGGCUCAGCUAGCACAGGAACUCUACAAUAGCGGGCUGCUGGUGACACUGAUAGCUGACCUACAGCUAAUAGACUUUGAGGGAAAAAAAGAUGUGACCCAGAUAUUUAACAACAUCCUGAGAAGACAGAUAGGCACUCGGUGUCCUACUGUGGAGUACAUUAGUGCUCAUCCUCAUAUCCUGUUUAUGCUCCUCAAAGGAUAUGAAGCCCCACAGAUUGCCUUACGUUGUGGGAUUAUGCUGAGAGAAUGUAUUCGAUAUGAACCACUUGCCAAAAUCAUCCUCUUUUCUAAUCAAUUCAGAGAUUUCUUUAAGUACGUGGAGUUGUCAACAUUUGAUAUUGCUUCAGAUGCCUUUGCUACUUUUAAGGAUUUGCUAACGAGACAUAAAGUGUUGGUAGCAGACUUCUUAGAACAAAAUUAUGACACUAUUUUUGAAGACUAUGAGAAAUUGCUUCAGUCUGAGAAUUAUGUGACUAAGAGACAAUCUUUAAAGCUGCUAGGUGAACUGAUCCUGGACCGACAUAACUUUGCCAUUAUGACAAAGUACAUCAGCAAGCCAGAGAACCUCAAACUGAUGAUGAACCUGCUUCGAGAUAAAAGUCCCAACAUUCAGUUUGAAGCCUUCCAUGUCUUUAAGGUGUUUGUGGCCAGUCCUCACAAAACGCAGCCUAUCGUGGAGAUUCUAUUAAAAAAUCAACCCAAGCUCAUUGAGUUUCUGAGCAGCUUCCAAAAAGAAAGGACGGACGACGAGCAGUUCACUGACGAGAAGAACUACUUGAUAAAACAGAUUCGAGACUUGAAGAAAACAGCCCCUUGAAGUCUCAGCGUUUCCUGCCACAGUCACUUCCUCAUUUGUUCAGUUUGUACAAAGUGUCAUUUCAAAAAGUAAUCAUUCUUGGCAAGGCUUUUGAGGUGCCUGUUUUUUCUCAAUUCAUUGUUCGGGGUAGAUAGAAUAUAAACAUUUGAAUGAAAAAGAAUUAACCUAGAAUAAUAUAUUCAUUUUAAUCAAGUCUGUGAUUAUUUAUGAGAAAUCAGACCCAUUGUAUUAGGCAUUGAAAACAGCGAUUUUAACCCUUUUUUGGUGACAGGCGGCAGGGCCGUGUGCUUGCAGACCUGAGCCCUCAGUCGCUGUGAGCCAGCAAGGAAGAGCCCAAAUGAUGGGCAUCACUGAGUCCUCAAAGAGGAUUCAGUUCACAGAGAAGAGCUGGGCAUGGGACCAGAGGGAUAAGACAGUGUCACCUAUUUGCACUUGGAUAAACACAUUUCUGAAGGCGCUGAAAGAUCUGAAACAAUAUGAUCCAUGUUUUUAGUCAUUAUGUAUUCUUGUUCCCGGCCCGUGUCUUUUGACAGUAGUUCAUGGUUCCUGACUUCCUGGGGAAUCGGGAUCCACUUCCCUGGCCAGCCCUCCUUGCUGCUCACUUGUCCCACGUUCCAUCCUCAGCACGCCUGGCUCCUGGCACACUCCGACUCCAUCCUGCGGUGGGGGUGGGGGGUGCUAGCGUGGAGCCAGUGAAGUACAGAUAGGGUGGGUUAGCAAGAGGCACGGGCUGAGGAGACCCAUGUGGUGUAACCCGCUCACUUGAGAACUUGGAACAGAUAGUUGAGAACCACAGCUCUAGCUCUGGUCACCACUGUUUCACACUGACUUCUGUCGCAUUUGUGAAUGCGUGGAGUGUUUCAUCCGUAAUUCUUACGAUGGGAAAAAUGUUUUGUGGUUAAGGUGUGUUUUAGAUUAGGAAUCAUUGCAUUGCGAUGCCUAGUGUGUACAAAACCAUGUGUCCAGAGGGUUGCACAAAUCUUUAUACCACUUUUAUGUAAUAAGGGAACAUUGCCAUUGGGAGGGCAAAUGAUUAAAUGCAUGGAACAAUUCUCAGAUGACUAAACAAAAUUUUUUCAGUUUAUUUUCUAAUAAUCUAUCACUCUAAUUUCCCAUCAAAGUCUUCAGUGAGAAGGUAGAAAACCUGUAAAAUGUUGGUCCCAAAUACUCUCUUGCAUACUAGGAUGAUUCAGGAUUUAAUUUGUGUUUUUUAAAAAAGGCAUGGAACCAAAAAAAAAGUCAUGGCUUGUUUUCAGACCUCAAGUAUAUAAAAUGAAAAUUUAAAGCUAUAUUUACAAGACAUUAAAGGAACAAUCAUUAACCUGUAUUCUUUUCAUAAUUCUGUUUCUAAAUCAUGACUUAUUGCCUUUUGUAGGAGCCUUGACUUAACAAUAUUGGGUGCCGUAUUCUCCACCCAGAGAGGGGGCGACCCCUCUCUAGGGGUCCUUCUCCAGGGUCAGCGCCCUCUGUACAUUUUGCAUCUGAAGAAUUAUCUGGCAGGGUUUCACCCAUCUUGGCUGGGGCGCAGGUUCAUGGUCUUCUGUGCCCAGCGUGGAAUCCUGAAGCAUAUGGCGUGGGACCUGCGGGACCUUCUACAUCAGCUCUAGCCGUGGCCAGCAGGGGAGGGUCAGCCAGCAGCCUGUCUGACGACCUUCAUUUCUUAGUAACUGAAGUCUGACCACUUUUAUGACAUUCCCAGACAGUCCGAAGUCCUUUAGAAUUUGAUUUUCUUGUUUUGCUUAUUUGGUUAAAAGAGAUGAAUGUAAAAAAAAAAAAAGGGCACAAAAACCAUUGUAAAUGUAUUUAGUUGCUUAAAUACUGUCCCACAACAUUAUGGGACAUGUGUUUUCAAUUGAAAAGCAAGGUCUUGACAUAACCUUUCAAAGUCCUUUAGAAUUUGAUUUUCUGGUUUUGCUUAUUUGGUUAAAAGAGAUGAAUGUAAAAAAAAAAAAAGGGCACAAUAACCAUUGUAAAUGUAUUUAGUUGCUUAAAUACUGUCCCACAACAUUAUGGGACAUGUGUUUUCAAUUGAAAAGCAAGGUCUUGACAUAACCUUUUUUGAUAAAUAUAUGUUAUUUCUCCCGGGCUUAAAUUAGCUCUUUGCUAGCAACCCCUCAUCCUAGUUUAGUACCUGUCAAACAAAACUAGAGUCUUAAGAGGGAAUAAAUGAAGUGGCUGGGUUUUUGCUGUAAUACAAAUUUGUAAAUUAUUUACGUGAAAAAGGAAGCCAAAAGCUCACAGUCAAAAUAUGUUUGCACAAAAUUCACUGUAAAUAUUGUGAGAAUUGAAUUUUGAAAAGGUCAUAUUUAAUAAGCUAUUUCAAAAGCACACAUUUAAAAUAAAGACUGAUCAAAUAAAAAGGUGCCACAUA